AUGGUCGGGAUGUUCGGUUACGCACCGUACGGGUUCCAUGCUAUGGCGAUGUAUAGGAGCGUGUUUUAUGCCAGUCAGCGCGGCUUGGAAGGUCCGCAGAGCAUUGGCGGAAGCGGAAGCGGAGGGGGGGAACUGGACGCGGCGGAGGGGGAGAUCACGCGCGGUGAAGUGGGGGACGCGGAAAGCUCGUCCGCGGAUCGUCG